AUGAAUUUUUACCCUCCCUGGCAACGUUUGUCUAUGGACACUUCUUGCAGUGAAAUGCAAUAAUGGCGAGUAAAUAACAUGCAGAAUGGUGCACAUUAAGUUUUAUUUGUGAUUAUCGAAUAUAUAGAAAAUAUGUCGGAUCCAAUGCAAGGAAUUUUGGCUGAAGCCAAGUCUAAUAAGUAUUCUCAGAUAAAGGAUAAACUUUCAGAAGAAGAUGUUGCAAGUGUUUGGGAAAAUGUCUCCAAUUUUCUUGAGAAGCACAUGUCCCAGCAGAAGGGUGUCAGCAUCCCCAUGCUAGGAACUUUUACCUUCACGCAGAAGAAACUAGACAUAGGAAACAAUAAAUUCAUCAUGAUGCAGAGACCAAUCUUUGUGUUGUCUGAGAAGUUUGCUCAGACCCAUGGUCUUCAGUCUGUCAAAUAUCAUGUUCCAGGAAACAUUCCGGUAGUGCAGCUUAACUUUGCAGCAUUAUCAUUUGAGAGUCCAUUUGACCGGGACACAGUAGAAACCUGUAUAAGGGAAAUCCUUGGUGCAGUGUCCCGGGCAGUCAAUAGUAAGAGGAAUGUGGAGUUGACCUUCAACGGUAUUGGCCGCUUGACCGUGAGGGACUCCCGUGUUAAGAUGAGGUUCUACAAGGAGUUCAUUAACCAGAUGGAUGGAACUGGCAAACUCCUAGACUCUAUGCAAAACAGACCAGGCACAGUGGACUCUGUGAUGUCAGAUAGAGUUUCGUCUAGGCCUGCCUCCAGUGCAACAGUCAUUCUGCCAAAAAUAAGCAGUACCAAUUUUGGAUCAGGGGGCCCUGGUGCACUUGCUCCUGUGGCAGAGCAAGAUGAAGCUGUCCCUCUAGAGGUUCAGAAUAAUCCUCAUAUGAUGCCAGCUGAUAUCAUGGAGGUAACCCACCCAGCCCCCAUUGAGUUAGAGCCUUUUGAGAUGAUCCCCGCACAAACUGAGGACAUACCCACUUAUCCCUCCCAGGAAUUAUACAAACAAGAGGGGAUGGAGGGGCCGGAGUUUGGGAACCUGGCUACUGAUGAAGCCAUCCGUCACAUAGAGGACAGAGGUCAACCAAUCACAGAGGAAAACUUACAACCAAUCAAUGCACCUGUUGCAGGGGAGUUGGAAGGAUACACAUCAUUUGAAGUCCCCAGAAGGGACUACUUCGACACAGAAAGAAUUUUACCAGCCAUAGGAGAGGAGUAUACCAAGAAGCCACCCAUGGCCCCCAGCCGGGCAGGGUCCCGUCUCGCCAUGCCAAUGGCUCAGGCCACAGGGGUGUGUCUCCUGGAUGACUUGAUACCCUCAAACCUGACCCCUAAAUCUGCCCCCUCUCCCGGGCUGCUUCACCGAUCCUCUCCUGCCCCAUUUAGAGACAUUUCUGAUGGUUUGCCCCAGAGAAAAUCCAUUUCUCCCAAGUUAACUCCCCUGCAGAGAUCCCAGAGCUGUGAAGCCCUGGACAAGCCAGUUAAGCCCCCUACACCUCCCCAGUCUGCCUGUGGGCACCCUAACGCCGGCCAGGAGCUCUGCUACCUCUGUCACCAGCGGUCAAGAAGAAAUAUCCCAGUGUCCUUCACUGAAGAAAGACGUAGACGUGAGGCAGAGGAGGAUAAACUUCUACAACAGUACCAGUACAUGAAGGACGCAGAGGACACACUGAAAGAUCAGGAGGGUAUGCUAGUUAAGCGUCACGACUUACAGAAGAUGGCUGCUUUUAAUCUUGGAGUGGCAGAAGCCGUUACUCACAAGAAAAAGAGCAGAGAUAUGGAUUUCCAUAAAUCUUACAUAUUCCAAAAGCGUCCCCUAACUCCGCCCAGAGUAUUCAAACAGAGAGAGUACGCUGGGGACCUGGCAGGACAGGUGACUGCCAAAGACACAGUGAAGCAGAAGAGGAGAGCUGAUGAGGAUUUUUUGGGGAGAUUAGAACAGGUUCAGCUGGCUGAAGAUCUAGCAGCUCAGAGAGAGCAGUUCAUCCGAGACAAACAGGAUCAACAGGACAUGUACAAGAAUGCUCUGGAGGCCCAGAUUGAGGUCAGAGAUCGUGUCCGUAAGUUAGACGGUUUCUUGCGAACACCCGAACCCCCAUCCAUGUGUGCGCCCGUCCGAAUGCACACAGUCGACCAUGCCCCCCGGUCCUACAUUCAACCCAAGCUCAGCAAUGGCAAUUGCUCUCUUCCCAUGAUCCCAAAUCUCAUCAAACCUUUCGAAGAUUCGAAGUCGGAGCGGAUGAACGAGAGAUUGAAGUUGCAGAGAAACAGAUCUCCGUUGAAGUUUAAACCAUUACAAGUGCCACCACGGGAACCAGAUGGAGAAGUGUUUGGAAAGAAUGAUAUGAACAACGACAAAAUGGCAGACAGGAGAAGACGGGCAUAUGAACUGUUCAGAGAACAGCAGGAUCUGGUGGCUCAGAAGAAACGAGAGGCCAUUCUCAAGAGGCUGAUGGAACAGAGAGAGGAGGAGGAUGUGCUGGAGAGGAACAAACAAGAGUUGAUGGAAGAUAGAUCUAAGAGGUUCCAGCACAGAUCCUUGAACCGCAAACGCUUAGAAGAGGAUUGGGCCGAGUCCUCCAAACAGAAGCGUGAACGUGAGAUGCAGGAACGACUCCACCAUCUGGCUCCAGGGGCUCUCCUUCACGAACAGUGUGAUAAAUACAAUCGCUGCCAGCAGUGCAAGAAAAAGCUGAACAAUUGUGGAGAGUCUAACAUCUGGAGAGAGUCCCGCUACAUCCCCGGAUCUCGACUGAUGGUCUAAUUGUGCUAUAUCCCGACACUAACUUUAUUACACUAAUUGUUAUUCUUAACGAAUUUGCUCAUGUCAUAAGUCAGUGCGAUUUUAUAUUUCUGUAUCAUCAGUAUUACUGUCUUGUAUUUUUAUUAUGCAUUUACAUUUCUGUAUGAUGGAGACAAAAAAAAAAAAUACCUGAAAUUUUUACUUUAGUAUAUAUGUGGAGUCUGUUAAUGGUUGAACUAAGAAAAUAUUUUGUUACCACUUUGUUGAAGAUCAUGAAUCACAUUAAUAUCUAUUUGUUUUCGAUGUUGACAUACUGUAAAUCACUUAUGUUUUGCUAUUUAAUUUUCACGAACAUUCAAUUUGUUCAAUGUUAUGUAUGCAUACAAAAUUAAACAGUAUUCUAUUUUUGCCUCAAGAGGACUUUGUUAAUUUACACCAAUGUAAAGUUCAUGCAAAUUAAUAGUGAUUUACGGUACUUUGUAUUUAUGUCUGUGUUCAGUUUGUAUCAAGUUCAUAACUCUACAGAAAUUGUAUUUGUAAUGUGUAUGCAAAUUACUUACUUCUGAAAGAAAAAUGUCUUUUCUGAAAAAUUGUUAACUUUUAAGAUUACCAUCUCAGGUAGAGCCAUUGACCUGUAGAUUCACCCUAUAGCUACAUCGGCUUUGAUUUGUUUGUAUGCAAUGGUUUGAUUAUUGUGAUAUAUAGAUGCUAAUGGUUGACUGUGAUAUUUUAUAUACGAUCAUGUAUUGUUGGAGCCUAUUCAGUUAAGAGUUUGUGCUGAACAGCACAAAAAUAUGUUAAAUUAUGUGUCAACUGCUUUUGUGAAUAGCCAUUUCAAAUAAAAAUUUGAAUGAUGCAGAAA